AUGUCAAAGGCCAAAUUCAGAACACUUGAGCAAGUGGAUCGAUUUAAAAAUCCUUCCAAAGAUAAAUCAGCGUUCCCUCUUUUGUAUGAGGCCGUGAAACCUCAUAUUGGCUCGUUCAAUGCACUUACAGAGGGACCUCAAGGAGGUUUACUUAACCUAGCUGUCAAGGAUAUCGGUACCAAAACGAUUUUUGACUCCACUAAUCCCGAUUUUUUGGGAAACAGGUUGGAUAUUCGUGUUGAUUCCGUUCAGAUCGCCAAACCUACCGUUCCCUCUUCAGAUAAGUUAUCACUCGUGAGAACUAUUUACCCAUCCGAAUGCCGUGAGAGACUUAACUCCUAUCGCGGUCGUCUUUUGUUAAAGGUUACCUAUAUUGCCAAUAAUGGUAAAGAAGUCAGCCAAGUGAAAGAGGCUGGCUUGCUUCCUGUAAUGAUUCGAUCCAACAGAUGUAAUUUGGAAGGUAUGUCACCGGAAGAUUUGGUUCAGCACCGUGAAGAAAGUGAUGAAUUCGGUGGCUACUUUAUCGUCAAUGGAAUUGAGAAGAUCAUUCGUAUGUUGAUUAUGCCACGUAGAAAUUAUCCGAUGUCUGUUAUCCGUUCCUCCUUUAGUAAUAGAGGUGCGUCCUAUUCACAUUUUGGUGUCCAGAUCAGAAGCGUUAGACCAGAUCAGACUUCUGUGACUAAUGUCUUGCAUUAUUUAAACGACGGUAAUGUUACACUUCGUUUCUCUUGGAGAAAAAACGAAUACUUGGUUCCUGUUGUCAUGAUUUUGCGUGCUCUUAUAGAGGCCAAUGAUCGUGAAAUUUUCGAUGGUAUUGUUGGUUCCGAUACUUCAAAUUCCUUCUUGACUGAUCGUUUGGAGUUACUUCUUAGAACUUACAAGCAUUACAAGUUGAAUUCUCAAAAAGAGGCUCUUGCAUAUCUUGGUAAUAAAUUCAGAGUUGUGUUCUCUGCUAGCGAUGACCGUACUGAUGCUGACGUUGGUAGAGAGGUUAUCAAAAGAGCCAUUUUGGUUCAUUUGUCAAACAAUCAGGAUAAAUUCAGAAUGCUUCUAUUCAUGAUCCGUAAACUUUAUUCUCUUGUUGCUGGCGACUGCGUUGAAGAUAAUCCUGAUUCGACCCAGAACCAUGAGAUUCUUCUUGGUGGCUUCCUUUAUGGAAUGAUUAUUAAAGAGAAAAUUGAUGAGUACUUGCAAAAUAUAUGCGCUCAAAUAAGGGCCGAUAUAAACAGGGGAUUUGAUGUCGACUUUGAAGACCCUAAAUACAUGAGUCGUGUAUUCACGAGGACUAAUGCUAAUAUUGGUCAGAAGUUGCAGUAUUUCCUCUCUACUGGUAACUUGGUUUCUCAAACUGGUUUAGAUUUACAGCAAGUUAGUGGUUAUACAGUUGUUGCCGAAAAGAUUAACUUUCAUCGUUUUUUGGCUCAUUUCCGAAUGGUGCACCGUGGUUCUUUCUUUGCUGCUUUGAAGACUACCGCCGUGCGUAAAUUGCUUCCCGAGUCUUGGGGGUUCCUUUGUCCAGUGCAUACGCCUGAUGGAUCUCCGUGUGGUUUGUUGAACCAUUUGGCUUACAAGUGUAAAGUUACCACGGAGCAAUUGGAUACUUCCAAGGUCUGUCAAGCGUUGUACAAGCUUGGAGUUUCUGAAACUGCAUCUGCUGUAGCAAUUUCUGGACCUAAUGUUUGUUGUGUGCAAUUAGAUGGCCGUAUUAUUGGAUGGUGUUCUCAUAAACAGGGUAAGAUUGUUGCUGAUACCCUUCGUUUCUGGAAAGUAGAAUCAUCAGACCAUUGCAUUCCUCUGGAACUUGAAAUUGGCUAUGUGCCACCUUCUCAAAGUGGCCAGUAUCCAGGAUUGUAUAUCUUUGGAGGCCGUUCCAGAAUGGUGAGACCAGUGAGGUACAUCCCACUAAAUAAAGAGGAUAUGGUGGGUCCAUUUGAGCAAGUCUACAUGAAUAUUGCGGUUGAACCAAACGAGAUUGAGAGCAACGUUCACACUCAUGUCGAGUUCUCUCCAACAUAUGUCUUAUCCACUCUUGCCAAUUUGACACCAUUUUCAGACUUUAACCAGUCCCCUAGAAACAUGUAUCAAUGUCAAAUGGGCAAGCAGACCAUGGGAACUCCAGGUGUCGCUUUAGUUCACCGUUCCGAUAACAAACUUUAUAGGUUACAAUCCGGUCAGUCGCCUAUUGUCAAGGCUGGCUUAUAUGAUGACUUUGGCAUGGAUAAUUUUCCUAAUGGUACCAAUGCUGUCGUUGCUGUCAUUGCCUACACGGGUUAUGAUAUGGAUGAUGCGAUGAUUUUAAAUAAAUCCACUGAGGAAAGGGGAUUUGCAUAUGGUUCUAUGUACAAGACGGAGAAGAUCGAUUUAGGAAGGGACCGUAAUAGGGGAGACCCAGUCACACAGCAUUACGGCUUUGGUGACGAUGCAUGGCCAGAAGAAUGGAGAGAGAAGUUGGAUGCGGAUGGCUUACCAUACGUUGGCACCUAUAUGGAAGAAUCUGACCCUAUUUGUGCAUAUUACGAUGAUAUCCUUGGAAGGACUGAGAUCAAAAAAUAUCACAGUUCCGAACCUGGCUACGUUGAUGAAGUGAAGCUGAUAGGUAAUGAGAAUGCCAAUGCAGAGUGUCAAAUCAUGACUAUCAAGUUCAGACUCCGCAGAGCCCCUAUUAUUGGUGAUAAAUUUUCUUCCAGACACGGACAGAAAGGUGUCUGCUCCAGAAAAUGGCCACAAAUCGAUAUGCCAUUCACAGAAUCUGGUAUGCAGCCAGAUGUCAUCAUUAAUCCUCAUGCUUUCCCCUCGAGAAUGACCAUUGGUAUGUUUGUAGAAUCUAUGGCCGGAAAGGCCGGUGCUCUACAUGGCAUUGCCCAGGAUGCAACACCUUGGCAGUUUGGUGAAAACGACACUCCUUUGGCAUACUUCGGAGAUCAAUUGGCCAAAUCGGGAUACAAUUAUUACGGGAAUGAGCCUAUGUAUUCAGGUGUUACUGGUGAAGAGCUUAGGGCUGACAUCUAUAUUGGUGUUGUCUACUAUCAGCGUUUGCGUCAUAUGGUUAACGAUAAAUUCCAAGUUAGAUCCACCGGUCCAGUCAACUCACUUACUAUGCAACCAGUAAAGGGCAGAAAGAGGCACGGAGGAAUUAGAAUUGGUGAGAUGGAGAGAGAUGCAUUGAUUGGACAUGGUACCUCUUUCUUGCUUCAGGAUCGUUUGUUGAACUGUUCCGAUUACACUCAAUCUGCUAUAUGCAGAGAAUGUGGUUCGAUUCUUUCCACUCAGAUGUCUGUUUCACGUAUCGGUACUGCUGCUGGAUUUAGAUGUAGACGUUGCGCUCAAAAAGUGGACUCUUCCUCGGUAAUUAAGGACAAUGAGUUAGAUGUGUGGGAAGAUGGACAAGGUAACAAGUUUGUUGGUGGUCAUGAUACGACUACGGUAGGUAUUCCGUUCGUGCUCAAAUACUUGGACUCCGAACUUAAUGCUAUGGGUAUUAGAAUGAAGUAUAAUGUUGAGCCUAAAUAA